AUGCUGGGGCGGUCGGACGGCGUGCUCAAGCCGGCGGGCGUGCGAUUCGGCAGCGCCGAGAUUUACAACGUCCUCACGCGCUUCUUCGCCGGCGAGGUCGCCGAUGCCGUCUGCGUCGGCCGCCGGCGCGAGACGGACACGGACGAGACGGUGUGUCUCUUUGUCGUCAUGGAGGAGGGCAAGGUGUUUGACGAGGACGUCAGGGCCCGCAUCCAGAGGACAGUGCGGACGGAGCUGAGCCCUCGCCAUGUGCCGGGCGUGGUGGAGGAGUGCGGUGGCGGGGUUCCCAAGACGGGCAACGGGAAGAAAAUCGAAGUGGCAGUCAAACAGAUCCUCUCGGGCAUGGCUGUCCAGACCAACGCCAGCGUUGCCAACCCCGAGGCUCUCGACUGGUUCAGGGCGUGGGCGGCGAGCCACUAA